CCGCCGGCGGCCGGAGCGCCGCGCGAGCGGGGCGGUGCCGGAAGUGGCGUCAGGCCGAGCGUCGCCGAGGCGGAGGGGCCGCUGUGAGGCGGGAGCGGCGACGGAGGCAGCUGUGUGCCAGAAAUAUGGCUACAGACUGGCUUGGGAGCAUUGUGUCAAUUAACUGUGGAGAAAGCUUGGGAGUCUACCAAGGAAGAGUGUCGGCUGUGGAUCAGGUCAGCCAGACCAUUUCCCUGACACGGCCCUUCCAUAACGGGGUCAAAUGCCUCGUGCCAGAAGUCACCUUCAGGGCAGGUGACAUUACUGAGCUGAAGAUUCUGGAGAUCCCAGGGCCAGGGGACAGCAGAAAAUGUGGGGAUCUGCAGCAGAUGGAAACAGGCAUCCCUGGGGUUGGGUGCCAGGUGGGGCCCAGUCAGAACGGCACUGGGAAAGUGUUAAAGAAGCCCAUCUCCAGCAGUGCUCCACAGAAUAUCCCAAGGAGAACAGACAUGAAGAAUCAGGAUAUUAUCAUCUCUCCACAGCAGCAGUGCUCCAAGAGCUACAUGGAUCGACACCUGGAAGCGCUGACUCAAUCCAAAAGCUUCCGUCGCAGGCACAAUUCCUGGUCAUCCAGCAGCCGUCAUCCGAACCAAGUGACUCCGAAGAAGAGCGGCCUGAAGAACGGGCAGAUGAAGAGCAAGGACGACGAGUGCUUUGGGGACGACAUCGACGAAAUCCCAGACACUGAUUUUGAUUUCGAAGGGAACCUGGCCCUUUUUGACAAGGCAGCUGUGUUUGAAGAGAUUGAAACUUAUGAGAGGAGGAGUGGCACCCGUUCCCGGGGGACCCCCAGCGAGAAACCAGCUCGCUAUCGGCACGACGAGAACAUCUUGGAAUCGGAGCCCAUAGUCUACAGAAGGAUUGUGGUACCUCAGAACGCUAACAAAGAAUUCUGCACGGACUCCGGGCUGGUGGUUCCAAGUGUGUCCUAUGAGCUCCACAAAAAGCUGCUCUCGGUGGCAGAGAAGCACGGGCUGACUCUGGAGCGGAGGCUGGAGAUGACGGGAGUGUGUGCCAGCCAGAUGGCCCUAAGUCUCCUCGGGGGACCCAACAGGCUGAACCCCAAGAACGUGCACCAGCGGCCCACGGUAGCGCUGCUGUGCGGCCCCCACGUGAAGGGGGCUCAGGGGAUCAGCUGCGGGCGGCACCUCUCCAACCACGACGUCCACGUCAUCCUUUUCCUCCCCAACUUUGUCAAGAUGCUGGAAUCCAUCACCAACGAGCUGAACCUUUUCAGCAAGACACAAGGCCAGCAGGUGUCCAGCGUCAAAGACCUCCCAGAUACCCCCGUUGACCUAGUGAUCAACUGCCUGGAUUGUCACGAAAAUGCCUUUUUGAGAGAUCAGCCUUGGUACAAAGCAGUUGUGGACUGGGCCAACCAAAACCGGGCCCCCGUCCUCAGCAUAGACCCCCCGAUCAGCGAGAUGGAGCUGGGCAUCGACGCCAAGUGGUCGCUGGCCCUGGGCCUGCCCCUGCCCCUGGGCGAGCGCGCGGGCCGCGUGUACCUCUGUGACAUUGGCAUUCCCCAGAAGGUCUUUCAGGAAGUGGGAAUAAACUACCACUCGCCCUUCGGCUGCAAAUUCGUCAUCCCCCUGCACUCCACUUAGAGCCCGUCCCGGCUCAGAAGGGAGAGAAGACGGGAGGAGGAGCUCUGUCACAUAAGCUGUCCGGUGGGUCCUGGCUGGUAAACUCAUGACGCCUUAAGGAUGUGAAAGUUCUGGAGAGCUUGCCUUCCAGAAGAAACGUUGUGUAUUUAAAAAAAACAAAAAAUAGAAUAAUCAUAAAAUGAACCAAAAAAAAAAAAAAAAAAAAAAAAAAAGAAGCGAAUGUUCCUGCAAAGCUGUUUUCAUUCUCUUGUGCCAUGGGAUGAAGGAACGUGCAGGAAGAUGGUGUCUGUCCCCGGCAAAGGUGGCCGUUGUGGCCCAGGCCCGGCUGGGAGGUGGUACACAUAAGGGUAGUUUGGAGCUUUGAGAGGUGUUUCUGGUCCUUCUGGUUGGAUAUUCCCAGCAAGGACAUCCUGGUGGGAACAGUACCCCUUGAUUGUGUAGAAAUCCCUUCUUUUGAGGGAGAAUCUGUUUUGGUUCCGGUAUUCUUUUUGACUCCCCCUCCCAUUUUGUGUUCUGGAAGGCAGCUGUAGCUUUCUCUCCCUCCCUCUCCAGGCCCUCAUGGAGAGCAUUCCCUCUUCAGAAAGCUUGUGUCAGGAGCCAGAGGCUCUCAGGUCACACAUGCUCUGGGAACACUGAUGUCCUCAGCUAGGCCUUACUGCUUAUAUACUGUUGGCUUUUCUUUGUUCACUUUGUGGGUGAAGCUCAGGCCUGUGGGCUUGAGGUGUGUUAUGGAAAAGAACUUUUCCAGGAUACUUGUGGGGUUUGGAUUUGUUUCUUUUAUUCUUUCUUCUUUUCUGGCACAGUGAGUGGCUGAACCAGGGAAAGGAGAGUGAAGCAGAGCAGUGUUGCUCUGGGUCUGUUGCACGGUGUAUGGUGCAGGUGAAGUUUUGGGUAAGUUCCUACUGUGCUUCCAGUGUCCCUUUUACAUUUGGUAGGGCUUGGGAAGUAGCUCAUGGAUCCGUUCAUUCCCUUUGGAAUCAAAGGUUUCAUGUAGGGUGGGCUUGUGGGUGUGUCUGUGCUGGGAGCCAGCCUGAGGAAGGACUUGGGUCCUGUUUGCUGGCAGGAGAUGGUGUGGUGAGAACUGCUGCGGUCCUGGAGGGGUAUGGCAGGGGGUUCUAGGCUGAAUUUCCAUAGGGAAUCUGUUUUAGUGGUGCACUGUCUUCCCGUGCACUGUUGGGAAGCACUGGGUUAUUAUUCCCUGUGUUCAUUUUGCUGGCCCACUGGAGCCUUGGUGCAGUGCCUGGAGCAGGGAUGAGCUGAGGAACCAUUAGCUAGCUGGCUUUGGGAAUCAGCUUAGGAGUCUGUAGUACUGGCAUCUAGUGUGCCCUCUGAGGGCUUUGUGCCUGGCAGCUGAGCCAGGGAAGCGCUGGAGAUGCAGAAGGUGCUGUAAGGCCAAACUGUUCCUUUGGAGGAAUCGGGCUGAUGCCGUGAGUGUGGGCAGUGCUUGAAGCUCUGCUGCUCUUCUCAUACCUUAUGUGUCCCCAGGGCUCCUGCAAGCACCUAAACCUUGCACAGGCCCUGCUCUGGCAUCUGGGAGAGCUUCAGAGCUUCCAAUGGUGCCUUUGUCCAGGGUAGCCAGAUUCCUGUGGAGGCUGAAGCACAGGAACAUGUGGGUCCAGUGCCUGGACCACACCAAACCUAUGGACUCAAUGUGCUCUGAUCUGAGUUAGUCAGACACUCCUCUUUCUCUUUCCUCUGCUUAGAAUAAAGGCAAGGGGUAUCAAAGGAGGAAGGAAGAGCCUUCCCUAGUGGGAAAGCAGCAGUUAAUGAAUGAAUAUAGCCUGGAAGGACCCAGGAGACUGAGUGCUGGACUCACCCUGCAGCCCCCGAGGUCUCUCCCCCUGCACCUCACCAUAUCUACCUCAGCAGGACCGAGGGCUCUGUCCUUGCUGGCUGGAGCCCUGGUUCCCCUCAGCUGCUUUGGGAGGGGCUCAGUGACUCGGCAGUGCUGGGAUAGAGGGUGGCCCUGCCCUCGAGCUGUUCCUCUCCUGUGGACAGGGCAAAGCAUCAUUUGUGGCAUUUACCAAGCUGUGGUUCUUUCUGACUGGGACAGGACAGCAGUGUGGUGGUUAUUUAUGACACAAACACAAGGUUUCCUUCUGCCUUUCUUGGUUUUUCAGCUGUUUCCACUUCCUCAGAUCUUAUAUUUGGAAGCAACAGUGGGUUAAAAAGGUUGUUGCUGUAGUCAGUGUUAGCUUUAGUCUCCUUAUUUUCACUCUCUUUGCUCAAGACACUCAAUAAGAGACUUGCUGGUCCAAUUUCUUCUUUCUGUAGGUUUUUCUUGCCCUUUCUGGGCAAACUCUUUCUGGGUUUGGCUGUUGUACUGUAGCUUGUACCCACGGAGCAGUAACAGGCCCCUGGCUGAAGUUACCUGCCUGGAAGGCACUGAGCAGGUAAAAUGCAGGGAUUGAGUUCUGGGAAGCACUGAGGCCCUGCGUGUUGCCAGUCUUGCAAUGGUUCCCCACGUUUAAACAAAAAAUAAAAUGAAGUAAAGUGAACAGUGUUGCACAACAGGAGGGUACAGACCCUCAUGUAAGGAAAGGGAUUCCCAGUCCUGACCAGUGCAGUGUUUAGGGCACAGUAGGCAGCUCUGGGCUGUGUUAAUGUCACAGCGUGCUCACUUUCUGGUAGAUUUGGGUAUUUGGCUGUACUUCCCCUCAGAUUCAGAUGUUUCUUGAGGAAGUACUGGCUUCCCACACCUGAAACACAUGUGAGAUGUGAGCUCUUCUGGAGCACUCAAAGACCCAGAAAGUGGUCUAGGUCCCUUCUUCUCCCCUGUCUCCUACCUUGUCGGUUAAUUCAAAGAAUGGAACACUUUUUUUUAUCUGUGUUUGGGAUAGUUUCUAUUCCCAACCUGACCCACCAUCAUAGGAACUGCCCCAGAGUACUGCUCUGGUCACGGACACAUGAAGAUCACUGCGCUGUGGCACUGCUUGAUAUUCCAUUUGUGACCUAAUGUUUGUAAUGACCAAUUCCUGCCACUAUGGGGGAUUCCCUGAAAUAAAGUGCAACUAUUCAUGUGUGC